GGCCCCCGGCAGCAGAUAUGUAGCCGUUUCGCGAGCCGAGAGGAUCCGAACCCGCGGGGUCUUUUGUGCGUGUCUUUUGUCCAAGCGAUUGUCGGUGCGCGCGUGUAACUACGCAUUCACGCACCUCGUGCACGGUGUUUCGAUUCGUAUGUACGCCGUGCGGCCGUGUUCCUACGGGCGCCGCGCCGAUGCCGUCGUCGUUCGUCCCCGACCGACGGAACGACAACAAUAACAACAGUACCGAGUCCUCGCGCUGAUCCACCCCGUCCGGAGUGCAGGCCCCACACUGCUGCUGUGUUGCACCCGGCACCGGUGCGUUUCCGCUGGAGAACAAAAGGUUAAAAUGUCGGCGAUAUCAAGUUUUUGCGAUAUAUUAAUGGUUAAAGUGGUUGGAGACGCUGAUUGGAGACAGCGAUUUAUUGUUCUCAGUAACAGUACGCUAUGGAUUUAUGGAGACGAUCAAGAUCCACGAAGAACAAAAAUUCACCCAGUAAGAGACUUAGCGGUAUGCCGAAGAAUUUGUGAUGGAAGUCUUCUGGUCUUGCAUAUUAAAGAUAUAGCCAAGUUGGAUUGGUUUAAAAUUAAGUUUAAUACGGAAAAACAACUAAACGCUUGGAAAAAACGUAUGCGACAAGUGAAGGAAGCUUGGAAUGAAGAGACUUAUUUUCAAUACCUUAAUCAAAAAUCUCAACUCAGAUGUCCUUAUGAGCCACUAACCAGAUUAAAUCGACAGGUUCCCAGUAAUAAAUUAUCGAAACCUCGAAUGCCAUUUUCCAGGAGUCGUUCACUUCAAGAAAUCAUAAGUUGGGAGAAACUACCAAUGAUACUUACUCAAGUAAAUCAGGAAACUCUAUGCGGAGUAGACGAUUUAGACGCAAUUUUAGUUAGGGUACGAAUAUCGAUUUUGGAAAACGAAAUGGCUUAUAACAGAGAAAUGGACAAAAUGUUGGUUGCUUUCAAAAAACGAGCACUGUGGCCCGAUUACUUUUUGAUGGACGAUAAAUCGUUAAUCGAACAGACACUAUCUAAGUUGAAGGAAAGUUCGGACACUCUUUUACACGAUGUGGAAGAUAUGUGGCCGGACGCUCCUAUGGUCAUAGAAAGACUUGAUGAUCUCGCCGAUUUACUAAUCAACCAUUUAAAGUCAGUGGCAAGAACCCGUAUGAUAACUUACUGCCAUCUUUUGAGGGAUUUAAGGCCUUUUUUGCGAAACAAUUUGGAGAGUGUGGACGACAUAUACGAAGACGUGUACAGCGGACACUUUUAUGUGGAACGAGCGUUGUUACCGAUAUUCCGGGUAUACAAACUCAAAGGUAUAUCCAAGAAGCUGGCGGUCAUGCUGUCGACGGUGGAAGACGCUAACAGCGACGGUUGGAAUAGAUUGUUCGAUCUGUGUCAGGAGACGUUGACCGAGACAUACGGGGAACUGUCCAGAUUGUACGGUGACUAUUACGCGCUGAGCGUGACGCAGCUAUUCGCGUUCAGCGACAAGCACGCGGCGUUCGAGCGCAACGGCAACAUGAGCUUGUUUGAAAAAUUCGAGCUGGCGCGGGAGGUGAGCGAGAUAUGCGACUCAGUGGUGCCUCUCAUCAAGGUGGUCAUCGUCGAGGGCGGCAAACGCGGUGGCUGUGACGGCGAUGCGGCGUCUGACGACGUCGUGGCCGCAGUACAUGUGGCCGCAACCGGCCAUCGGCGCAGUUGCGGUGCAGGAUGUUGGGACGGCGUGAAAACGGCUGCGGUUACGCGACCGCGGUCAGAGGCGUGCCGUAAUCCGUUCGGCGCCAUCAUGGACGACGACGUAGACAGAGCGGCAGCAAGGGCUACGGUGGCGUGCCGAAAGAACGGCAAGCAAAAGACGGUGGCGACCGGCAAGUGCAUUGAACUGAAGCUGUACUCGCGUUCGGUCAACUAUUUCCACGAACAGCUUGACGAGCCGCCCGCGGUCAUCAGCUUCGCCGCGAGGCGUACGUCAUUGCGUGCGUAACAUUGUAGAAGUGUAGUAUGAGCGGGGGCGUAGCACAUGUUUGCGGUUCUGUGCGUUUUGCCGAAUUAACACUGCCAAAGGUAUUGGUAAGGUGUGUGCGAGGGGUAGUAGAAGAAAAACGUUUUGUCGACGCACUCCGUCGCCGCCGCCACCGCCGCCGCCGCGAACAAACCACCCGGUACAUAAGACAAUAACGGUGUACCACGUAUCAACGCGAGCGCUCUUAUUACAACCGAUUGGUUAAUAAAUCAUAAUCCGGAGAGGGUUGAUUAACCGUUCCGUUAAAUUCCGCUUCGAUGUGUCGGUGUUAAGGGUUCUUUAUCUUUUACCGGAGAAAUGACCGCACACUAUAUAUAGAUUGCACCCGAACGAUGCUGCAGUGUGUAAAACGUAUAAUAUGUAGAACGCAAAUAUUUAUGUAUAUUUUCCACAAGAUCACGAUGAUCGCUUUUUAAUCACGUUCAUAUAGUAUACGGCAUCUGCGCAUUUAUACGUUGUAGAGAAAAAUCAGUAUAAUAUUUUUUAACAGUCGAUAUUAUAUAGUUUUUAGACGAUCUUUUUCUAAUAUUUCAUACCAAUAACUGAUUAAAGUAAAAACUUACUGUGAAAUUUAAAUAAAAAAAAACAUUACGUCUUAAUAUUAUCACUAAUUCUAUACAUUAAUAAUGUAAUGUCAUUAAAUGAAAUUACGCGAUUAAGUCUCAUUACGUUCGUACAUAAAUAAUAGUUGUAAGAAAGCAAUCAUGCACACGUUGUAAAAGCGAUAGAAUUGUCAACAAAUAAAUAAAUAAAUGCUCACUAUAACAUAUGUCAAUA